GAUUUGCAUUGAAGCCGCUAUAUAUACAAGGGGACUCUGCUUCCUCAAUAUCGCAGUAUUUUAUCUGUUUCCGGCAUCGCAAGCGACUGCUCAAAAUGCCUGAGCCCGCUAAGUCUGCUCCGGUCCCCAAAAAGGGGUCGAAGAAGGCCAUCACCAAGACCCAGAAGAAGGGAGACAAGAAGCGUAAGAAGAGCAGGAAGGAGAGCUACUCUAUCUACGUCUACAAGGUGCUGAAGCAAGUUCAUCCGGACACCGGCAUCUCUUCCAAGGCCAUGAGCAUCAUGAACUCCUUCGUCAACGACAUCUUCGAGCGCAUCGCCGCCGAGGCCUCCCGCCUGGCCCACUACAACAAGCGCUCCACCAUCACUUCCCGGGAGAUCCAGACGGCCGUGCGCCUCUUGCUGCCGGGAGAAUUGGCCAAGCACGCUGUGUCUGAAGGCACCAAGGCGGUCACCAAGUACACCAGCUCCAAGUAAACUGGGAAAGGAAAAAAGCCACUAAAAUACAAAGGCUCUUUUAAGAGCCACCUACAUCUGCUUUAAAAGAGCUGUGUACUUUAAAGCUUUUGCAUCUACCGAAUGUAUGAAUCUCUUGUUAGAGCCCUGUCUCAAUCCAAAUUGCAUUUGCAAGUGGUUUAGCCUUGUGGUAAACCUUCAGCAAGGUUGUUCACUUCCCCCAACCUUAAUCAUACCUGCUUUAAAGUAUUUUGACUGUAGUCUUGACCAGAGAUGUUCCCUCUGCAGGUAAUUCUAGCUUCAAAAAUGCAGGGAAACGUGGUGAAAUGCAGGGAAAAAUUGAGGCAAUGCAAGGAACUUUCGUUAUAGUUCCUUUUCAUUUUGUUCCUUUUUCUGACUAGAGGAGAUAAUGUUUCUCCUUUUGAGUGACUGACUAGAUGUAAUACUGUUGUGGACUACUUUCACCUUCAUUUCCAAACUUCUGAGGCAUGAGCAAGCCUCAUAUGAUUGCAUUUCCAUGUAUGUAUCCGGUCUCUCUUGCAUCUGGGUGAGUAGACUACGUAUGUAUAAGGAAGGGCAUCAACAGCCUUUACUACAAUUAUGUCAAGGAACUUGAAGUAUUGUUGUGUAUUCCUAAAGUGCACACAUACACGACUUCUUAAAUAUCUUAUUUUGAAACGGAGUAUAUAUAAUUCUGCUACUGUGUUUUGCUGUGGGAUGAUGGGAAAUGUGGCCUUUUGCUGAGUAAGAAUCAUUUUGAGAUAUUUUAUUUAUUAAAUUUAUAUAACGCCCUCCAAAAUUGCUCAGGGUGGUUCACAACAUAAAAACAAAACAAAUUAACAAUUAAAAUCAAACUAUUAAAACACAGUAGUACCAAUAAAACAGCUAAAAGGCCUAAAACAGUAUAAAAUUAAAACUAUGUUUCUAAGAUAUGUCUUAGAAAUAGCUGAUGAAUUUCUAUUGCAUAUAAUUUCCUGCAGGGAGUUUCAAAGGCAAAUAAGGGAAUUUCUGCUGCUGGGAUGGAACUACACUGGUCUUGCCUAUGGAGAAUUAACGCUAACUACUUUUUAGGUAACAGAAUUGUACUUAACUUAAAAAAAAAAACAACCCUCACCAAUUAUGCUUGUGGGUGUUAGUCGCUUCAUAGGUAUUACACCCAUCCUGUGUCAGCUUCAUGGGCUAGAUUCAAGGUGCUGGUAUUGACCUUUAAAGCCAUACACGGCUUGGGGCCAGGGUACCUGUCGGACCAUAUUCACCCCUAUGAAUCUGCCAGGGCCCUCUGAUCAUCAUCCCAGGACCUGCUCAUAACCCCACCACUAACAGGGAUCCAGUUGGAGGGGACUAGAGACAGAGCCUUUUCGGUUGUGGCUCCUCGGUUUUGGGACACCCUCCCUGAAGAGCUUCGCCAUGCUCCUUCCAUGUGUUUUAAAAAAAACAUCUUAACACACCUUUUUAAGGAGGCUUUUUAAUAUCAUUAUUUUGUUAUAUCUGGUAGCUUCUUUAGCUUUUUAUAAUUUUCAGUUUUAAUUUGAACCUAAUUGUUUUUAAUCUGACUUUUAAAAAAUUUAAUUUUAUUACUUGUAUCUGUGUCUAUGUUAUUGUUGUAAGCCGCCCCGAGCAGUAUUGCACUGGAGGGGCAGGGUAUAAA